AGCACACAAUAAUAGUGUUUACGAACUGAAUAGAUAAUACACAUACGUAAUUAUUACAUUAUUCAUGUACGAAAUAUAAUUCAGUUAGGUAUACUUCAGGAUGACGAAGCUAAUGGAGUGGCUAUUAUUUGCAAUUUUAUUUUUUGGUGUGUGGCUCAAUGCCAUCACAGGAAACAUUAAUUCAGUGGUCAUAGCAGAAUGGCACCAAACUAUUGUGUUCUUACCAGUUAUUGCCUUAUUCUUGUUUGGACUAUAUGCAACUAUUACCAUUUUGUAUAGGGUUUUUACAUUCAACAAUUGCGAAAGUGCAUCUGUUGAAUUACAGCAACAAAUAGAUGAAGCUAAAAAAGAUCUCCGAAGCAAAGGUGUGAGUUUAAAGGGCAAAAUUGCUUAAAUAUUUUUACAUUAACUAAACAAAACAAUGCGUUUUAAUGUAUAAAGUUAUUUUACAUAGGUAACAUUGUACAUACUUCUUAAGAAUAUUUUAUAACAGUUAAGA